GGACGAAGUGCUGCGUUUUAUGUACUGAAGGGUGAGUGUUGUGUCCUUCCUUAGCAAGUCGCAAUUCCUUCAAAAUUUGAUACCCUAAGAUAAACGGGAAGAAAUCGAAGAUGGCAGCAAGGUUGAGCCACGUAGCAUCACGGAUCAUGGGCGGCAACGGCGUCGUUUCGCGUUCCACGGCAUCCUCUCUCCGCCAGCGCUCUGGUAUGGGCCUCCCCGUCGGAAAGCACAUCGUUCCCAAUAAACCGCUUCCAGUAAAUGACGAACUUGUGUGGGAUAACGGGACUCCGUUUCCAGAACCUUGUAUCGAUCGGAUUGCUGAUACAGUUGGGAAGUACGAAGCAUUGGCUUGGUUGUGCGGUGGAUUGGGAUUUUUUGCUUCUCUUGGGCUAAUAGUUGUGUGGAAUGACAAAGCUUCUACAAUACCAUUUACACCCAAGGUGUACCCCUACGACAACUUACGAGUGGAGCUCGGUGGAGAACCCUAGGUUGGUUGGUGCUCUUACAUGUCCUCGUCUUUGCUUUUAGUCCCUUACAUCGUUUGAGGACCUAAAUGUUGAUCAAACAAUGUAACUGGCUCUUGCAAACGAAGUAACUAAAAUAAGCCAGACAGGCAACUGCAUCAAUUUCUGGAUCUGUAUUGUACUUGAUAUUUUGCUUGCAGUAAUAUGUUUCCGCAA